UUGUGAAACAUAUUUACAUUCAUCCAAAAAAAUGAUAAGAUUAGUGCACUAAGAGAUGGAAGUAUGUGAAUCACUUUAUUAAACAGUGAUAACAUUGAUAACAAUUUCGAAACACAAGUCAUUUAAUAAUCGUGACAAAUUAUUUAUAUAAAUACAUUGACUACAAAAAUAGACAUAAAAGAGUAUGAAAAUACUAAAAAUUAAGGUAUAAUAUGACGUGGAAUCCUUUAAAGAAGAAUCACUUAACACAAAGACCCACAUCAGCACCACCUCUGUUAUCUUCUGCAGAGGAUAGAGAGCUUGAGGUUGCAGUUCAAAGACUUAUUUCACAUUAUUUUUUUAAGUGUCGAAGAUACAAUUAGAAAACUGACGAAAGAAAUGAAAAAGUACAUAGAAGCUGUAGUAAACUUGGAUCGUGCAGACCAAAGACUAACGUUUAAUCUGACAACUUGUGGUCUGGUGCAUCUGAAUGAUGAAUUUAGAAAAAUAGUGGAAGAUUAUCACUCCGUUACUACCCAGGUUGGAAAAACGGUACAAGAAAUGGCAGCUCUUUGCCAAAAAACCUUUAUAGAACCUUUAAAAAAAUUACGAGACGAGUUUGCUCUAAUAGCUGCGGCAAUAGCCAAACGGGAAGAAUUAGUAACUACUUGGAAAUACAGUUAUAAUCGUCUUAAAAAGUUGCAAGAAAAAAAAGAUAAAAUGGCUAGUCAUACAGCAAAAGUGGAAAGAGAACGCAGAGCAGAAGAAGCGGCUGCAAAGGAUCUGAAGACUGUACAUAGCCAAUUACUUGUCGAAUUACCUUCAUUCUUAGACAAGAGAUUAGAAUACAUUAAGCCUAGCAUACAUGCUUUAAUCAUGGUACAGUUAGAUUAUUAUGGAAGCACGACAAAAUUAUUCACACACUUAAUGCCAGUUCCAAACGUUUCGGGAUCGCCGUCUAGUGCAAUGAUACCCGAGGAAGAAUAUCAACAAUUAGUGGCUAAUCAAAUGAACAAAAUAAGAGCUCUUACAAUUGUUAAAGAUCACUGAAAAUCGGUAGUAGUUUUAUAACAAAGGUUUCGAAGAAUUAAUGAAAAUUCAUAUAUCGAAGGUACUAAAUGCCGUGGAGUUAUCGUAGGUACGAAUGUA